GUGUAACCCACCAUAGGCUACACGGGAUGUUGCAUGCAUCGUAUCUCUAUAGGCCGCCACCGCUUGUGGCGUGCUUACGGCAUGCUUUGGGCGUCUCUUGCGCGAUUAUUCGCACCAGCUCGUUUUUCCUUUUUUUUCUUCCGUGUCACUCGAUAUUUCGAAUAUUCCCGGACCGAUGAUACCAAUUCCGGAGGAGGCGCCGAAUUGUUGCUGCGUCCUAACCACAACUUGCGGUCCCAACGCCAUAUCCAGAUGCUCCCUUGCAUUGUCUGCUACUACAAUAUCAAAUGGUUUAAGUGGGGUUGGAGUGGCAUACAUAUGUAUCGUAUUCAUUGCGAACUUACAGUUGCUUACCAACCCCUGUCAUUCUACCUACUGGAAUGAGUUAUUCGUUGGCUCGAACCUAUACGUACGUCAUCACGCUAGCUUUCCUAAAGUACAGUGCCAAGCGUUUAUACCAAAGAAUGUUCUUGUCUUCACGCGCCUUUUGCAAGUGUAUUUGGAUUAUUACGGCUUUAUCAACCAGAUAGCUGCUCCAAGUUCCGCUGGUAACCAGCAUUCAAUGCAUUCCAUUCUCCGCGGCGUUGGUAUCAUGAUCUGCUUCCUUGCUGCAUCAAUCACGACAUACCGUUCUUUCAUCACCUCUUCUUGAAGGAGCGCACCGCAAUUUAUUCCGAUAAUAGCAACUCAACUAAUAAGGGGCUCGCGCGCCAUAAUAGACUCUUCUCAGGAACACAAUUUAGCACAUA